CAAGCAAGCAACCCAAGCAAGAAACUCUACUAAACCUCUGUGGUUAGUAGGUAGAUCACUACCCCGAACCCAUUCUCCCACACAUUCACACAUACCCCGCAACUUCAACAACCCGAGCCAUGCUGUCGCCCUCGCUGUCGUCGUCGCUGCCGUCCCCGACCGUGCCGGCCAUGUCGUCGCGCCUGCCGCACCUCAACUCGUUCGUGGUGCUGACCAAGAAGUCGUCGGGCCGCCGCCUCGCGCGCCGCCGCGGCAGCAUCGCCAGCAGCUCGUGCUCCACCGCCAGCAACUCGAGCGACGACGAGUCGGAGGACGCCGCCUCGGAUCUGGACGCCGACGACUGCUGCGUCGCCUACGAGUCGUACGCCGCCGUGGCCAAGCGCAGCACCCAGCCCGCCCUGGAGCGCGCGCACUCGAACCUGCGCUGGAGCGACCUGCAGCGCUCGCAGGACACGGCCGAGGUUGCCGGCCUGCUGGCCGCGCUGCGCCUCAAGCGUCGCCACACGCGCGACGGCCAGGCGCUGGAGCUGGCGGCGCUUGAGCUGUGCUUCGAGUUCCUCUCGCUGCCGGAGCUGCAGGCCGCCGCGCACGUCUGCACGGCCUUCCACGACGUCGUCACGGCCUCGGAGAUGCUGUUCACGGGCCUCUACAGUCGCCAGUGGCGCAGCAAGAUGCUGCCCGAGACGUACGUGACGCUGCCGUACUGCGACCAGCUCGCGCUGUGCGCGGCGCGCCCCGCGGACGCCGCCUACGAGCUGUCGACGCGCAGCGCCGUGACCCACUUGCCCGAUGGCAAGUACCAAGUGACCAACAACUCGAUGCUGCGCAACUUCGACAAGGGUGCGGUGGACUCGGUCCGCGGCGCCGAGAAGCUUCCCGUGCUGUCCUGCGCGCGCGCACUGCACAAGAGCAUCUCAUACUUUGAGGUGAGCCUCAAAGGCUGCGGAAGCGUGGGUCUCGCGUCCAUCUCCGACGCGGCGACCCGGAACGCGUACGGCUUCGGUUCGGGAGAGCACGUGGGCUGGAAGGGCGUGUCCUACGGCUACCACGGCAAUGACGGCGACUUCGUCUUCAACGACGGUGCCAAGCCGUACGGUGGUGAGUGGAAGGCCUUCGGCCCGUCGUGGGGCCGAGCUUCGGCUCAGCCCGGAAAACAGGAGGAGGACCAGGCCCCCACGUUCACGGUCGGCUGCGGUCUCGACGCCGACAAGCACCAGGUCUUCUUCACCCUCAACGGUAAGAUGGUUGGAGCGGCGCCGACGACGGUGCUGCCCGGAGACUAUGCUGCUGCCGUGUCGAUGCACGCCUUUGGCGACCAAGCGGUGAUCAAUGCUGGCGCAGCUCCUUUCCUCUUUGACAUCGAGGGUUUCUGUGCAAGCUCUUAGCUUGGUUAUGACUUGACAUGACCGAGCCGAGAGCUUGCACAGAGGAGUACAGAUACCCCCCGUCGAUCCCCACGCCGCCGUCAGUCGGCCGCUUCAGUCGUUUUUUAUUCACCCUUACAUGUUCCAUUUAUUCCGCUCGCAGCUCAGUGGAGUUG